CUGCUGUCACACCCAGCAGGUAACGCUCCCUAAAAUCCUCUGCAGAAAUUUUGGGACUUUUCACUAAAUCAUAGAAGAUUUACCUUUUUCUCUCUUGGGAGCCAAGGAUGUUUUAGAGAAGAAUUAAUCUUUCGUUUCUCCAGUUGAACAUUUCUUAGCCGUAAGAGCCAUGCAAAUAGAGCUGGCCACUUGCUUCUUUCUGUGCCUUUUGCCUGUCAGCUUUAGUGCCACCAGAAGAUACUACCUGGGCGCAGUUGAACUGUCCUGGGACUACAUGCAAAGUGAACUACUCAGUGAGCUCCACAUGGAUACAAGGUUUCCUCCUGAAGUGCCAAGAUCUUUUCCAUUCAACACCUCAGUCAUAUACAAAAAGACUGUCUUUGUAGAGUUCACGGAUCACCUUUUCAACACUGCCAAGCCCAGGCCACCAUGGAUGGGUCUGCUGGGUCCUACCAUUCGGGCUGAGGUUUCUGACACAGUGGUCAUUACACUUAAGAACAUGGCUUCUCAUGCGGUCAGUCUUCAUGCUGUUGGUGUUUCCUACUGGAAAGCAUCUGAAGGUGCUCAAUAUGAGGAUCAGACCAGCCAAAGGGAGAAGGAAGAUGAUAAAGUCAUUCCUGGUGACAGUCAUACCUAUGUCUGGGAGGUCCUGAAGGAGAAUGGCCCAAUGGCCUCUGACCCACCAUGUCUCACCUACUCCUAUUUUUCUCAUGUGGACCUGGUGAAAGACCUGAAUGCAGGUCUCAUUGGAACCCUCCUGGUUUGUAGAGAAGGGAGUCUGGCCAAAGAAAGGACACACGAAUUUGUACUACUUUUUGCUGUAUUUGAUGAAGGAAAAAGUUGGCAUUCAGAAACAUAUGAGUCCUCCACACAGGCUACCAAUCCUGCAUCUGCUCGGCCCCGGACUGAAAUGCACACAAUCAAUGGCUAUGUAAACCGGUCUCUUCCAGGUCUGAUCGGAUGUCACAAGAAAUUGGUCUAUUGGCAUGUGAUUGGAAUGGGCACCGCCCCCGAAGUGCACUCAAUUGUCCUUGAAGGUCACACAUUUCUUGUGAGGAACCAUCGACAGGCCUCCUUGGAGAUCUCACCAAUAACUUUCCUUACUGCUCAGACACACCUGAUGGACCUUGGCCAGUUUCUACUGUUUUGCCAUAUCUCUUCGCACCAACAUGAUGGUAUGGAAGCUUAUGUUAAAGUGGAUAGCUGCCCAGAGGAACCCCAACUACGGAAGAAAAAUAAUCAAGAAGAGGAAUAUGAGGAUGAUGAUACUUAUGACCCUGACAUGGAUUUUGUCAGGUUUGAUGAUGAUGACCCUUCUUCCUUUAUCCAAGCCCGCUCAGUUGCCAAGAAGCAUCCUAAAACUUGGGUCCACUAUAUUGCUGCUGAAGAGGAGGACUGGGACUAUGCUCCCUCAGUCCCCUCCCCCAAUGACAGCAGUUAUAAAAGUCUAUAUUUGAAUAAUGGUCCUCAGCGGAUUGGUAGAAAGUACAAAAAAGUCCGAUUUAUGGCAUACACAAAUGAAACAUUUAAAACUCGUGAAGCUAUUCAAUAUGAAUCAGGAAUCCUGGGACCUUUACUUUAUGGAGAAGUUGGAGAUACGCUGUUGAUUGUAUUUAAGAAUCAAGCAAGCCGACCAUAUAACAUCUUCCCUCAUGGAAUCACUGAUGUCAGGCCUUUGCAUGAAGGGAGAUGGCCAAAAGGUGUGAAACAUCUGAAAGAUAUGCCAAUUCUGCCAGGAAAUAUAUUCAAGUACAGAUGGACAGUGACUGUAGAAGAUGGGCCAACUAAAUCAGAUCCUCGGUGCCUGACGCGAUAUUAUUCAAGCUUCGUUAAUCAAGAGAGAGAUCUGGCUUCAGGGCUCAUUGGCCCUCUCCUCAUCUGCUACAAAGAAUCUGUAGAUCAAAGAGGAAACCAGAUGAUGUCAGACAAGAGAAAUGUCAUCCUGUUUUCUAUAUUUGAUGAGAACCGAAGCUGGUACCUCACAGAGAAUAUGCAGCGCUUCCUCCCCAAUGCAGAUGCAGUGCAGCCCCAGGAUCCAGACUUCCAGGUUUCCAACAUCAUGCACAGCAUCAAUGGUUAUGUUUUUGAUAGUUUGCAGCUGUCGAUUUGCUUGCAUGAGGUGGCUUACUGGUACAUUCUAAGUGUUGGAGCACAGACUGACUUCCUUUCUGUCUUCUUCUCUGGAUAUACCUUCAAACACAAAACAGUCUUCGAAGACACACUUACCCUAUUCCCGAUGUCCGGAGAAACUGUCUUCAUGUCAAUGGAAAACCCAGGUCUGUGGGUUCUGGGGUGCCACAACUCAGACUUUCGGAACAGAGGCAUGACAGCCUUACUGAAGGUUUCUAAUUGUAACAACAGAAACACUGGUGAUUAUUACGGGGAUCGAUAUGAAGACAUUCCAACUUCCUUGCUGGAUGAAAAUUAUGUCAUUGGACCCAGAAGCUUCUCCCGGAAUUCAAGGCACCCCAGCACUAGGCAAAAUCAAUUUAGAGGCACUGCAACUCCAGAAAAUGAUAUGGAGAAGAUUGAGCUUUGGUCUGGAGAGAGAACACCACUGCAUGAAGUACAAAGUGUUUCCUCUGAUGAUUUGUUGAUGCUCUUGGGACAGAACCCUACUCCACAUGGAUUAUCCUUAUCUGAUCUCCAAGAAGCCACAUACGAGGCUGAUGAUCAUUUACCUGGACCAAUAGAAAGAAACAAAGGCCUAUCUGAAAUGGCACAUCUCAGGCCAGAGCUCCAUAACAGUAGGGACAGAGUAUUUACUCCUGAGCCAGAACUACAAUUAAGAUUAAACGAGAAUUUGGGGUCAACUAUAAAAGUAGACUCAGAGAAACUUGAUUUAACAAUUUCUAAUUUAUCAAGCAAUCUAAUGACUUUACCAACAAUUCCGUCAGAAGAGUUGACAGCAGGUACUGAAAAGACAGGUUCCUUAGGACCCACAAAUAUGCCAGUUCACUUUAGUAAUCAAUUAGGCACCAUUGUAUUGGACAAAAAUGCAUCUCUCCUUAUUGGGUCUGGUGUGCCUUUGGACUUAAGUAAGGGAGAUAAUGAUUCCAAGUUGUUAGAAGCAGCUUUAAUGAAUAGUCAAGAAAGUUCACUAGGAGAACAUAUAUCAUCAAUGGAGAGUGAUAGGUUAUUUAAAGAGGAAAGAGUCCAUGAACCUACCUCACUGACCAAAGAUAAUUCUUCAUUUAAAAUUAAUGUCUCUUUAGUAAAGACAAACAAGGCACCAGUUAACUCAACAAUGAAUAGAAAGACUCACAUUGAUGGCCCAACAUUAUUAAUUGAGAAUAGUACAUCAGUCUGGCAAGAUAUUACAUUAAAAAGUAAUGAUGAGGUUCAAGAAGUGACUUCUUUGAUUCCUGAUGAAACGCUCAUGGACAAAAAUACUGCAGCUUUGGGGCUAAAUUAUGUGUCAAAUAAAACUACUUCACCAAAAAGUAUGGAAAUGGACCACCAUAAAAAAGAGGGCUCUGUUCCAGUAGGUGCAGAAAAUCCAGAUACAUCCAUCUUGCCAGAUUCAGCAAAUUGGAUGAAAAAGACCCAUGACAAUAACACUCUAAGCUCUGGACAGAGGCCUGAUCCAAAGCAAUUGAUACCUUUAGGAUCAGAAAAACCUGUGAACGGUCAGAAUUUCUUGUCAGAGAAGAAUAAAGUGGUAGUAGAAGAGGAUGAGUUUACAAAGAACCAGGGACUCAAAGAGAUGAUUUCUCCAAACAGUAAAGGCAUAUUUUUUACUAACUUGACUAAUAGCCAAGAAAACGAUACACACAAUCAAGCGAAACUAUCCCAGGAAGAGAGAGGAAUGAAGGAAGAAUUAAUCCAAGAGAACGUAGUUUUGCCUCACGUGUAUACAGUGAAUGGCACUAAAAAUUUGCUGAAGGACCUUUUCUUAUUAAGCACUAAGCAAAAUGUAGACGGUUUAAAUGAGGGCACAUAUACUCCAAUACUUCAAGGCCCCAGGUCAUUAAAUGAUUCAGCAACUAGAGCAGGGAUUCACAUGACCCAUUUCUCAAAAAUAAGGGAGGAAGCAAACUUGGAAGGCUUGGGAAAUCAAACAAAACAAGUGACAGAGAAGUAUCCAAGUCCUAAUCCAAGUCCACAGAAUGUUAUUGCUCAGCGUGGUAAGCGGGAUUUAAAACAAUUUAGACUCCCAACAGAAGAAAUAAAGCUUCAAGGGGGUGUAAUUUUGAAUGACGCCUCAACCCAGUGGUCCAAAAACAUGAAAUAUUUGACCCAGGACGCCCUCACACAGAUAGAGUACCAUGAGAAGAAGAAAAGGGCCAUUACUCAGUCCCUCUUACCAGAUUUUUCUAUGAGAAGUCAUGGCAUCAAUCAAACAGACGGCUCUGCAUUACCCGUUGUAAAGGCAUCAGCAUUUCCAUCAAUUAGACCUACAGAUGUGACCAAGAUCCCACCCCAAGACAACCCUUCUCAUCUAGCACCAGCCUAUAGUUCUACCUUUAGGGAAAGGAGUUCUGGAGUCCAAGAAAGCAGUCCUUUCUUACAAGGAGACAAAAGAAAUCUCUCUUUAGCCUUCCUAAUGGAAAUGAUGAGAGGUCAAGAAAAUAUUAGCUCUCUGGGAGAAAGUGCUACAAACUCACUCAUAUACAAGAAACCUGAGGAUCCUGUUCUCUUGAAACCAGGCUUGUCUGAAGCAUCUGGCAAAGUGGAAUCACUUCCUGAAGUUCAUAUUUAUCAGGUAGACUCUUUGCCUACGAAAACUGGCAAUGGUUCUUCUGGCCACGGGGAUCUGGUAGAAGAGAUCUUCCUUCAGAAAACACAGGACGCUGUUAAAUUGAACAAAGUAAAUGGACCUGGAAAAAUGGCUUUUCCGAAACGGGCAGCCGAAAGCUCUGAAAAGACUCCCUCCAAGCUGCUAGACCUCUUUGCCUGGGAUAAUCAAUAUGCUACCCAGAUACCAAGAGAAGAGUGGAAAUCCCAAGAGAAGUCACAACAAAACAUAACUGUUAAGACAAAAGACACCAUUUCACCCCUAGACCCUUACGAAAACAAUCAUUCAAUAGCAGCAAUAAACGAAAGACAAGAUAAGCCCCAAAGUGAGGCCACCCGGGCAAAACAAGGUGGGACUGGAAGAUUGGGGCUUCAGAAUCCACCCGUCUUGAAACACCUUCAAAGGGAAAUAACCCCUACUCCUCUUCAGCCAGAGGAACAUGACAUUGACUAUGAUGAUACCUUCUCAAUGGAAACGAAGACAGAGGAUUUUGACAUAUAUGGUGAGAAUGAAAGUCAGGACCCUCGCAGCUUUCAAAAGAAGACACGACACUAUUUUAUUGCUGCAGUGGAGCAGCUCUGGGAUUAUGGAUUGAGCAAAUCCCCCCAUGCACCAAGAAACCAUGCAAUCGGAGCUCAGUUCAAGAAGGUGGUUUUCCAGGAAUUUACUGAUGGCUCCUUUACUCAGCCCUUAUACCGUGGAGAACUGAAUGAACACUUGGGACUCCUGGGGCCAUGUAUAAGAGCAGAAGUCGAAGACAAUAUCAGGGUAACUUUCAAAAACCAGGCCUCUCGUCCCUACUCCUUCUACUCCAGCCUUAUUUCGUAUGAGGAAGAUCAGAGGCAAGGAACAGAGCCUAGAAAAAAGUUUGUGGAGCCCAAUGAAACCAGAAUUUACUUUUGGAAAGUGCAACAUCAGAUGGCGCCCACUGCCGAUGAGUUUGACUGCAAAGCCUGGGCUUAUUUUUCUGAUGUUGAUCUGGAGAAAGAUAUGCAUUCGGGCUUGAUUGGACCGCUUCUGAUCUGCCGCGCCAACACUCUGAACCCUGCUCAUGGGAGACAAGUGACAGUGCGGGAAUUUGCUCUGUUUUUCACUAUUUUUGAUGAGACCAAGAGCUGGUACUUCACUGAAAACAUGGAAAGGAACUGCAGAGCUCCCUGCGAUAUCCGGAUGGAGGACCCUGCUUUUAAAGAAAAGUAUCGCUUCCGUGCGAUCAAUGGCUAUGUGAUGGAUACUCUACCUGGCUUAGUAAUGGCUCAGGAUCAAAGGAUCCGAUGGUAUCUGCUCAGCAUGGGCAGCAAUGAAAACAUCCAUUCUAUUCAUUUCAGUGGACACGUCUUCACUGUAAGGAAAAAAAAGGAGUACAAAAUGGCAGUCUACAACCUCUAUCCAGGGGUUUUUGAGACAGUGGAAAUGCUACCAUCCAAAGCUGGAAUUUGGCGGAUAGAAUGCCUUAUUGGCGAACACCUGCAAGCUGGGAUGAGCACUCUUUUCCUGGUGUACAACAAGCAGUGUCAGGCUCCACUGGGAAUGGCUUCUGGGCGCAUCAGAGAUUUUCAGAUUACAGCCUCAGGACAAUAUGGACAGUGGGCCCCAAAUCUGGCCAGACUUCAUUAUUCUGGAUCAAUCAAUGCCUGGAGCACCAAGGAUCCCUUUUCCUGGAUCAAGGUGGAUCUGUUGGCACCAAUGAUUAUUCACAGCAUCAUGACCCAGGGUGCCCGUCACAAGUUCUCCAGCCUCUACAUCUCUCAGUUUAUCAUCAUGUAUAGUAUCGAUGGGCUGAAGUGGCAGAGCUAUCGAGGGAAUUCCACUGGGACCUUAAUGGUCUUCUUUGGCAAUGUGGAUUCGUCUGGAAUAAAACACAAUAUUUUUAACCCUCCAAUUAUUGCUCGGUACAUCCGUUUGCACCCAACGCACUACAGCAUCCGCAGCACUCUCCGCAUGGAGUUGAUGGGCUGUGAUUUAAACAGCUGCAGCAUUCCACUAGGAAUGGAAAAUAAAACAAUAUCAGAUGCACAGAUUACUGCCUCCUCCUACUUAAACAAUGUGUUUGCCACCUGGUCUCCUUCACAAGCCCGACUUCACCUCCAGGGGAGGACUAAUGCCUGGAGACCCCGGGUGAAUAGUCCAGAAGAGUGGCUGCAAGUGGACUUCCGGAAGACAAUGAGAGUCACAGGAAUAACCACCCAGGGUGCGAAAUCUCUCCUUACCAGCAUGUAUGUGAAGGAGUUCCUCAUCUCCAGCAGUCAAGAUGGCCAUAACUGGACUCCGUGUCUUCAGAAUGGCAAAGUAAAGGUUUUUCAGGGAAAUCAAGACUCCCUCACACCUGUGGUGAUUUCGCUAGACCCACCGCUCCUGACACGCUACCUGAGAAUUCACCCCCGGAGCUGGGUGAACCACAUUGCCCUGAGGCUGGAGAUUCUGGGCUGCGAGACGCAGCAGCUGUCCUGAGCAGGACAAGAAAUACAGUAUGAGCCCUGCUGGCGUGGCUCAAUGGUUGAGCGUCAACCUAUGAACCCGGAGGUUACAGUUCGAUUCCUGGUCAGGGCACAUGCCCGUGUUCCAGGCUCGGUCCCCAGUGUGGGACAUGCA